AUGAUUCUGCGAUUAUUGAGCUUGCUGAGCUUUGGACUUCUACUUACAAAUGUUCUCUCACAAGCGGGAUGCGCUAGACGGGUUGUGGGAUAUAUCACGAGUUGGGGUGAUGUCCCAUUCACCGAUCAGCAAGCUCGUCUCCUCACCCAUUUGGUGUUCGCCUUUUUUGCAAUGGAUGCUGACGGUGCAUUGACACUCUCAAACAAGGCACAGCAACGACUAAAUGGAAUACUUGAGGUAGCUCGUCGACACCCACACUUAAAAGUGCAAUUCGCCGUGGGUGGCUGGGAGAACUCGCAAUAUUUCUCAAAAAUCGCCUCCACUCAAUCGGGAAGAGCAAAUCUGAACGCGAACAUACGGAAAGUGAUCGAGAACUUCAAAUUUGAUGGAGUGGAUUUGGAUUGGGAAUACCCGGUGACUGGCGGAGCGGUUGAAGGCGAAGAGAUCGAUCGUCAAAACUAUGUGCAAUUGAUGGCAGAGCUGAAGCAAGAGCUCAAAGUCCUGCAAGAGUCCCAACAACGAGCCGAUUCUUAUCUCAUUUCGUUUGCCGGAGCUGCUGGUUAUUGGGUGCUGAAACCGGGUUUCGAUCUUCGUGGUCUCCUUGAAAAUGCGGAUUUCGUGAAUGUGAUGUCCUAUGAUUAUUUCGGUGCAUGGCAGAGUAAAUGGGGUGCAUUCACCGGUCCACCAGCUCCACUCCAUUUCGCGAUGCCAAAGAAGAAAAAGUGUCGAAAUUUUUACGUGAAGAGAUUCUCUGGCAAGAUGAAUGUGCACGCGACGAUCAAAUACUACGCUUGUCAACUGAAAGACACUUAUAAGAUUAAUAUGGGUGUCCCAUUUUAUGGUCGUUUUUGGCACAAUGUUGGCGAAGCUGUUGCACCCGGUGAUGACAUGUGGAGAACGGCGAAACCGAUUGAAGGAGAUAACAAAUUUGAGGGUGGUGAUGUGCAAUGGCGUCAAAUUGGUGGCCGUUUCGAGAUGUCGCGUACUCGUUUCCAUGAAGGAUCGAAGACACCUUUCAUUUGGAUGCCUGAGAAUGCGACUUUUGUUGGUUACGAGGAUGCGAAUAGUUUAUCCUAUAAGAUUCACUACAUUAAAGAGCGAAACAUUGGCGGGGUGAUGAUUUGGGCUAUUGAUUUCGAUGAUGAAAAACUCUCACUUUUACAGGCAGCAACGGGCGGUGAGAUCUGCACAAGUCCAUUCAAGAAAGAGUUCCCCUACAAGUGCUCACCGGUCGACGAUCAACGAUGGUGGACUUUUGAGGAUAAACCGGAACAUGCUGGGAUGUGUGGCCGCUCGGCUCCUCUCUACAAUGAUUAUUAUCCAGUGUGCGAUCCGGAUGAUCCAGGACACGCUUGCUGUGGGAAAUACGGUUAUUGUGGGUCGGGACCUGAGUUCUGCGGCUGUGCAAGUUGUGUCGAUUAUGGAGCCGAUCCGUCGUUGAUCCUCAAAGAACCGAUUCGGCCAGAGAGAAAAGUGACUUGGUAUACGCUUGCAUCCGGCGAGGGUCGACGUGGUCGUUGUGGCCCAAUGGCUCCACAUUUGGAUGGAGGACCGGCCACUUGCAAUCCGGAUGAUCCAAGUGCUAAGUGUUGCUCAAAUGGGGGUUAUUGUGGAUCGACAAAGGAACACUGUGAGUGCCAGGGUUGCGUCGAUUUCUCGAAAACCCCUGACUAUCACUGGAAACCGGUUGAGUGGUGGACGUUCGCCGAGAACUCGAAUCACAUUGGCAAGUGUGGCCCCGGUGCUCCAGUUUUGCCGAGUGGCAAGACUCCAAAAUGUGAUCCAGACUCAAAUGCGCCAUGUUGCAGUCAAUCAGGCUACUGUGGCAACGGUGCUCUAUACUGUGAAUGCCAAGGAUGUGUCGAUUUCAAGAAAACCCCGAACUGGGAAUGGAGGCGCCAAGUGGUGACCGUGGUCUCGAGUUCACCGUCACCAAAUGCACCAUAUGGA